CCUCCUCCCCCCUCGGAGCCCGGAUGAAGAGUAACGCCAUUGCCGCCAGAGCCUCUGAGAACCCUCGCGGACACGACUGGACCCUGGACCGGCCGCGCUAUGAGCCUCCUCCCACGCCUGCUUCUGCUGCUCUUGCUGGUGUUUCCCGCCACCGUAUUGCUCCCGGGCAGCCGGGCAGGGUCAUUAGUGGUGGCUCAAGAUCUUACAGAAGAUGAAGAAACAGUGGAAGAUUCAGUAAUUGAAGUUGAAGAUGAUGAAGUUGAGGUAGAAGAAGAUGAACCCACAGAUUUGGCAGAAGAUAAAGAGGAAGAAGAUGUGUCUGGUGAACCUGAAGCUUCACCAAGUGCAGAUACAACUAUCCUGUUUGUAAAAGGAGAAGAUUUUCCAGCAAAUAACAUUGUGAAGUUCCUGGUGGGCUUCACAAACAAGGGUACAGAAGACUUUAUUGUUGAAUCUUUAGAUGCCUCGUUCCGUUAUCCUCAGGACUACCAGUUUUACAUCCAGAAUUUCACAGCUCUUCCUCUGAACACUUUAGUGCAGCCCCAGAGACAGGCAACUUUUGAGUAUUCCUUCAUUCCUGCAGAGCCCAUGGGUGGACGGCCCUUUGGUCUGGUCAUCAAUUUGAACUACAAGGAUUUGAAUGGCAAUGUAUUCCAAGAUGCUGUCUUCAAUCAAACAGUUACAGUUAUUGAAAGAGAGGAUGGGUUGGAUGGAGAAACAAUCUUUAUGUAUAUGUUCCUUGCUGGUCUUGGACUUCUUCUUGUUGUUGGCCUUCAUCAACUCCUAGAAUCUAGAAAGCGCAAGAGACCCAUACAGAAAGUAGAAAUGGGUACAUCAAGUCAAAAUGAUGUUGACAUGAGUUGGAUUCCUCAGGAAACUUUGAAUCAAAUCAAUAAAGCUUCACCAAGAAGGCUGCCCAGGAAGCGGGCACAGAAGAGAUCGGUGGGAUCUGAUGAGUAAAUGUUCCUUUGCGCAACAAUGCAGUCUGUGCUUACCUUGCCUAAUGUUUCUCACCUGAUGAGAAUUAGUACAGAGAAGUCAUGCCACCAUAGACGGCAACUACUACUUCUGUGUGGACUGAGCAAUCAGAGUCUGUGGCAAUAAUAUUGCUGAAAAUGCACUGCAUUUGUUUUUCUAAAAGUAACAAAUUUGGGUUUUUUUUAAACCAUUAAAAUCUGUGUGUGUGUGUGUGUCUGUGUGUGUGUGUGUGUGUCUCUAAGCAGUUGGUGUUACCAUAAUCAUUGUUGAACUACCUGAAAUCUGCCUUUAGCAUACUAAAUAUAAUGCUCAUUUCUCUUUUUAAAAUUUUCUCAUUUUUGUCCCCGAUCUCAAUGGAUAUUUGCCCUUAUUAUGAAGUCUCACCUUGAACUAUUUUAAGGAAAUAGUUUCUUUCUUGGAACCAUCUAGAUUGAGACUCAAAUUAGCAGUUUGUUGUUGCUCUGCUACAAGAAGUAUUCUAAAGGCACAAACAGGAGAACCUUCUUUGUUAGCAAUAGAAUUGUUUUGUUAUUCUGUUACUGUUUGCAAUAAUGCACACCUUGAGAAAACUUACCAAAUGGACUCGAGGAAUGGACUCGAGGAAUUUUGGGAAUUCUAGCAACAAAAUUGUGAAAUAUGAAAAUUUUGCUGACUUUGGAAUACAAAAUUGAACCUUGCCUCUUUUUUUUUUUAAACAAAAAAACAGUACAUUUGUGCAAACUGA